CCAUCAGUCACAUACAAUGCAUCUUCCCCGGUUCCCGCACUCGUUCAUUCUCCGAUCACAUCUACCGAAUCGUCUGAUGGGGCUCUCACCCCGCCUGCAUAUAAUGACCAAGGUGCAUUGUCUCAAGAUAGUUGGAUGGCUAAAUAUGCUCACCUGUUUCGCGCGAAUGGCGUAGAUUCAGUGGCUGCUGCCAAAAUGUUGUUGCAGUUCGCUACAAAACCUGUUGUACCUUCGCCUGCUCCCUCACACAUAGACAUUUCGCCGGCAGUACUCACGUCACAUUCUCAAACUGCCCCAUCCUGUUUCUCGCCAUUGACGCACCUGCAGCCAGUCUCUCCUCAAAUAUCUCGCUCGCCGUCGGUUCAAUCUAUGCACAAACCGACUCCUUCCGUUCCUCGUCGCGCCGGCUUCAAGGCGGUUCAUAAAGAAGAUAUUCUCCAGCGCGCACGGGAACGUCGCCGACAGAUCGUUGGAGAGAUCGAGCGGGCAAAGGUGGAGUUAUGGGAGACGAGUAUUGAGGGAGGGGUGUUGGGGCAUCUCAUGAAAGAUCCAACACUGUCUUGAUACGUUUACUUACGAGAUUCGACGUGUAUUGCAUGCAGUAGUAGCUCAACCAGUUCCCAGAGCCAUGCAUUCACUGUCUUAAUGUCAUACAAGGACUCGCCUUCGGUCGGCUUUUGUACGAUACACUGUGUUCACGGUAAUGAGAUGCAGUGAUGUCAAUUGAGUUAUGUGAAUAGAUACAUGA